GAUUUUGAACUGAAGAUGACGACGUUACCCAUAUUGAAUAAGGAUUUUGUUAAAGAAGUGUGGACAAAAACGGAAAUGGAUGAGAAGAGUAGGGAGGUGAUGGUGACCCAGAUCCAACUGGAUGAAUACAAGAAAUGUAGGAUGGACGACGAAGAACUUGUCUCUCGGAGGAUGAAAAGAUUGUUGAACAUAACAAGACGUCUGCCAGUACCUAAUGAAGAACAUUAUCUGCACAUCUCUGAUCAGGAAGAGGAGGAAGAUGAUGAUGACGUCAAAAUUAUUGAUGGGGUCUUCGAGGAGGCUGUAGAUGAGUUUCCAGAACUGAGCGCAAAUCAAGAGUCUGAAGUAAACAGAGCACUGAAAUGCAUGAAUGCCAGCAAGGUACUGGUUGAAGGCUUCAGACUGCAGAUCACCUCUAAGGACAUCUCAACACUUGCUGGAUUGAACUGGCUGAAUGAUGAGGUAAUUAAUUUCUACAUGAGCCUCAUAGUUGAAAGGAGUCAGCUGGAUACAAGUUUGCCCCCGGUGUACGCUUUCAAUACAUUCUUCUACCCCAAGGUGGCCGCAGAUGGUCACAAAUCAGUUAGACGGUGGACAAAGAAUGUGGACUUAUUUGGUCAUGGGUUGAUCUUGGUACCUGUUCACUUGGGCGUCCACUGGUGCCUUGCUGUGAUCGAUUUUUACAAGAAGGAACUUCAGUAUUAUGAUUCGAUGGGUGGUGACAACAGAAAGUGCCUCGAUGUUCUACUCACUUAUCUAGUGGACGAGAUGAAUGAUAAGAAACAGGAAAAAUUUGAUACUAGUGGAUGGGUCAAAAUACUAUUGAAGGACAUCCCGCAGCAGAUGAAUGGGUCAGAUUGCGGCAUGUUUGCUUGUAAAUUCGCCGAGUACGUCACUAGGAGGGCCAAAUUCACCUUUAAUCAGAGCCACAUGCCUUAUUUCCGGCGGAGAAUGAUCUACGAAAUCUUAACGAAAAAAUUAAUGUAGACAAAUAUUGUUAUCAAUUCGAAAUUUAUUCAGUGAAAUUUCUUUUUACAAAAACUGAAAGAACUGUUUAGUUUAUUAACAGAACACCAGCAUACAACAAUUAAUAUAUUUGUCAUUUAUGUGAAAAUAAAAAUGUUAAUCAAUUUUC